CUAUUUCCCGUGUGGAAGACCCCGUGAAAUGCCCCUGAAACUCCCGAAGGCGAUUGUUGUCUUUCAUUCAUUCGCAGCUCACAGACCGCGCUGGUUUCCACGCUUUGGACGUCGUCCCGACCGCUCCUUUUAAAAGGUUUUCCAGUAAGGCAAAAUGAGUGAUUCUGGCAAGGACACAGUGGCUCCUAAAGAGAAAGACGGAGCAGAGAAGAGAGGACGUGGAAGACCACGAAAACACCCACAGCAGGAGGCAAGUGGAUCUCCCACACCGAAGAGACCCAGAGGAAGACCAAAGGGCAGCAAGAACAAGCCAAGCUCCACAGCAUCUAGGGGCAAAAAAACAGCAACUGCUUCGGCACCUGCAGGGACGAAACGCCGAGGACGGCCCAAGAAAGCAGAGAAGGAGGAGCAGCCAUCUAAGUCCUCUGAGGAAGAAGAGGAGGAGGAAGAGGAACAGUAACUAGCGACUCGUGCUACCUCACAAUCCAACGUUAUUUCUUCCUGUUGACCAGAGCUGGACUGACCCUCCCCCCUCCCCUCGUCCUCCCCCCGUCCCCCUCUUCCCCUUACACUAGUGCCACCCUCACCCUCCAAUUCACCUUUAUGCUCUAGCGCCCCCUAGUGUCAGGGAGGCUUGCACACUUCAUGCGCCUUCUCUGUGUAACACCACUGGAAAAAGACUCAAAAUACUGUAUGUCCAUUCAUGGAUGCAUGCACACGUGUAUGCGUGUAUGUAUAUGUCUCGCACUCAAUGGGUAAUUGGUCGAAAGUGUCUGUCAUUAUACUGGACAAAGAUAUGCUCUGAUGGCGGCUUGACACAAAGCGAUUUGCAAAAUACUGAAGUUUUUUUUUUUUUUUUUUUUUUUUUUUUUUUUCUCUUUGCGCAAACAACAGUUUCAGGCCUUGAGAAAUUCAACUUUAUUUUUACAAGUCGAAAUCUAAAAUAUGGUAGGUUGUGUGAAAAAAUUCAUGUCGUUGUGUACUGGACAAAGGUGAAUUGACCUACUCGUUUGUUUUUACUUGGGUUGUGUGUGCGUGUGUGGUAACUCGAUGUCUCCAGUUAUUCUUUUUAGCUACUCCGUGAUUCAAGCUAGAAAUAAAAUGAGCGUAUUUUUCGAGUGAGCAUAAUCUAGAGGACUUUUAACGUGUAAUCAACAUAUCAUUGAAUGCUUUGUCGUGAAACCUUUUUGACUUUUCUUUUCCUCUUUUUAAUGCCCUCCGCCGACUUGCCACCAUCAUGAUUUCACCGAUUCCACUGCGAUAAGUUUACUGUCGCUACAGAACUACGUAGUCAGUUUCCGCCCGUUCUCAGUGUGGUUCAGCUUACUGGUUAUGUGCUAAGGAGCAGUUUGCUUGUCUGGCUGUGUUCGAAAUGAUUGGUUUUAAUUUCGGAAAUGACUAAACGUACCACCAACUGGUCCUUGAUCCGAAAAAGGCACCGCGACUGAUUUGACACCUGCAGUGCUUUUCAUUUUAUCGGCCCCCAAAUCUGUGAAUUAAACUCCUUUUUCUUUUUAACCUAGAAAGUGCUAGAUCAUUCCAUUUGCUCUCAGAUUCCUUGUGAACCUCCCAGUCGUGUCACUUCUGUCCCAUUACAGUCCACUCAGACAACUUUUGCUUGAUGUGUUUGGGUUUUUGUUUUGUUCAUGCUUUAUUUUUAUUUUUUUUUUUUUUUUUAUUUUUUUUUUAUUUUAUUUUUUUAUUUUGACGUGUUAAAUUCCAUGUCAGGGAACGCUGAUCGGUCCAGUGACUGGGUCUCCUCUCAGAACUUAAUGCUGCUACAAACAUGGUUAAUUAAACCCGGAAUACUGCAACCAGGUCAGUUCUACUCUGGACUUGACCGUCACGUUCAUACCUCACUUUACAACAGCCUAUGACGGAUUACUCUUCUCUUUCCUGACGAUGUUCAACUGGUCUCAGUGCAGCCUUUGGCAGGUGUGUUUGUUUCUUUCCAAGUGCAGUGUCUGAUCCAUUUACAACUGUCUCCGGUGUGGGUUUUUGUUGCUCUUUUUUUGUUUUAUUUUAGUUUUGAUCUGAUUUUGCUUACAGCAGUGUGCAUCAAUGAACAGAAUUUUUUUUUUUUCCUUUUUUUUUUCCCUCUUCAUAUGUAAACAUCUGGACACACCACAGGAAUUACUGCAUUGAGAUGCAAAACAUGUUCACAGACUGUGGUAGAGAUAUAGGUUUGUGUGUUUUUAGUUUUUUUUUUUUUUUUUUUUUUUUUUUUUUUUUUUUUUUUCUAUUCAUACUCGUUUGGUGCACUGAAUUGACUUUUUGAUUUGUUAUAUCAUGGACAAAAUGAUUUAGUGUGGCACCUGAAGGUUAGGGCUCUUGGGUUUUUUUUUUUUUGUAUUUUUUUUUUUUUUUUUUUUUUUUUUUUUUUUUUUUUUUUUUUUUUUUUCUCUCUUCUUUCUCUUUGUAAUAAACUACAUCCUGCUAGUUGCUUAGCUCUGAGCCCCCCGUUUAGUAGAUCAUGAUGGUACUAUGGCUGUUUGACGGUUUUUAACAUGCCCCCUCAAUACUGAUGUCUUGUUUUUAUGUGCCCGUGCACACAACUGGUUUGGGAUCAGUCUUUUCAAUGUAUACACUCUGCAUUUUCUAUUGUGGACUGCAGGAAUUUAUAUUCAAAAUGGUAAUAAAGUUAAGGAUUCGUACAUAUCUUUGUGUGGCUGUUACUUUUAAUUAUUUAAAAGUAUUACUCUGUCUGAACUAAUAAUUCACUAUUGUAAGAUCCUUUGUAACUACACUUAAAACUACUACUUAAAAAUAAAGGUGUUUUGAUGC